CCACAGACUUUCACAAACAGCCUGUAGGAGCCUCUCCCUGCACUGCUGCCGCACAAGACAGUGAGACCAACCCACAGGACCACAGAGAGACCAUGAAGAGCCUGCUGCUUCUCUCCAUUCUGGCUGCCCUGGCCGUGGCCGCUUUGUGUUACGAAUCUCAUGAAAGCAUGGAAUCCUACGAAAUCAGUCCCUUCAUUGACAGGAGAUAUGCUAACACCUUUAUAUCCCCGCAGCAAAGAUGGAGAGCUAAAAUCCAAGAGAGGAUGCGAGAACGCUCCAGGCCUCUCCAAGAGUACAACCGGGAAGCCUGUGAUGACGUUAGACUUUGCGAACACUACGCCAGGGUUUUUGGCUACAACGCUGCCUACAAUCGCUAUUUCCGGCAGCCCCGAGGGGGCAAAUAAGAUUGAAAAAAGUCUCAUUCUUUCCAGCGCCUGAUGCCUGGUUUUGUAUUCCCUUACAGUAGCAUCACUGAACCAUAAAGACAUAUAUGAAUUGCUUGUCUCUUAAAUGUUCUUCUCUGGCGGUGCCCUUCCUCCCUGCUCCCAGAUUGAUAAAUAAUAAAAGCACAGUGUAGUGAAGGCGGAAGAGGAGUUAUGAUGCACGAUUAUUAUAAUAAUAAAGUUACGGUUGGA